AUGGGUAUUGGCUGUGAUGAUAUUGGACUGCAACUUACUCAAAUUUCAGAGAUAACGCCUAACAUUGAUUGUGAAAAGGGUGCUUUGGCAAGAGAUUUUGGAAUUAGCAUUGAAAGUUACUACAAAUUUGAUUCAAACAAUGUAAAUCCCAAUUAUACUCAUGAGGAGAGUUCAACAGCAAUAGUGAACUACAACAGCUAUGGACAAGAACAAUACACAAAAGAAAUGAAUAUCUACAUAACAAACCCUAACUAA